CAAUCGGUAUCCGUCAGCGGACGGGCGGGAAGCUAGAUUGCCGGAACAGGGGAACCCGCUGGGAGUGCGGAGGAAGUUGGUGUGGGCGGCGGGAGAAGCCGGUCUCCAGAUCUGGCGGCCUUUGGAAAGUGGUUUCCGUGCGUGGGGCUUUCCUGAGGAGGAGGAGCGGCAGCGGCAGCGGCAGCGGCGGCGUCUGCAGCAAAAUCCCCGGGAUUUUGCGAGGCUAACCUUUAAUUCGAUGCAGAGCUGAUCCCCGAUUUGUUUUCGGCUCCAGGGAAACAACAGGGCUUUUCAUUUGACACGGAGGCUGGCAAAACGGGAGUAAGGGGUUAUUUGCAAAUCAUUUUUAGGAGAUCUAAACCCAACGGGACAGAUGUGAAUCGCUUUGACCUUCCAGUUAUUGAAAACAUGUCAGCAUAUUUCCUCCUCACUCUUAACAAAUGAAUAAUUGAAUAUACGUGUAUACAUCUUCACCUAGUUUUUUUAAAAAUAAUUUCUUAGGUGCAAUGUGAGUGUGCAUUGUUCUGAAGCACUAUGAGCAACGUGAGGGUUAACAGGCUUGUCAGCGUUUGGCUCUGGAUGUAUUUCUUAUUUUUAAACCUAGGAGAUUAUUGGUUUUAGUAACAGACACAUUUUUCCUAUUUGGCAGGGAAGUAUUGCAAGGUACUACUGUAGGCAUGAAAAGAGGAAUAAGUGACAUGUAUUUGCAAAGCAUCCAAAUGUAAAAGUUGGGAGGGGACGUGGAUAUCAACCAGUGCAAGAAUCUAUUGCAGUGGACUUCUACAUCUCUGGCUAAAAUUAAUGCAUUUUGGCCUUAGCCUUGAGUUGUUUUUCUUUCUAAAAUACAUUGUUGUUUGUACUCUUUUUUAGGAAUCUUUCAAUCUAUUAAUAGGACAGCAUUGCAUAAAUAUGGACAGAAAUCCUUCACCCCCCUCAAGUGAUUCAGAGGAGGAAGAAGUGGCUGCUGGAGAUUCCAUUGGAAAUACAGUCUACAGCAAACUCUGGCUAUUUAAUGUGCUUACAAAAUUAAUUGAGAAGGCUUCAAAACUGGACAAUGCAGAAGAACCCAUGGAACUAGAUGAAGAGAUGGAGAAUGAUAUUUGCAAAGUAUGGGACAUGUCAAUGGAUAAGGAUGUUGCUUUAUUUUUACAAGAGUUUAAAGCCCCUGAUAUAUUUAUGGUUAUUCUUGCAAAGUCCAAGUGUCCUCGACUUGCUGAAAUCUGUGUGGGUAUUCUGGGAAAUAUGGCCUGUUGCCAAGAUACAUGCGUAUCUAUUAGUAAAGAUGAGAACCUUGGACAAAUAGUGCUGCAACGUUUAUGUGAUUCCGAUUCCCCUACUCUGCUUGAAACAAGCCGGUUACUGUUCACUUGCCUCUGUCAAUCUGAGGUGGCUAAUAUUUGGGUGGAGAGAAUCCGACAAAGUCCAUGCUUCUAUGACUGUUUCUGCUUUAUCAUGUCUAGUUCUACAAAUGUGGAGUUGCUGGUGAAAGUUGGUGAGGUGGUUGAUAAGUUGUUUGACUUGGAUGAAGAAUUAAUGAUAAAUUGGAUUAAAAAAGAUUCUUGUCCAUCAGCGGGACAACCCACAGAUGAUUCUCCAGAUGAACUUCCUGAUUUUAAGAUUGUACCUUGUCUGCUUGAAGCUGCAAAACAAGUUUGCUCGGAUAACAAUUCCGAAGGACUUGAAGUUUAUAUGCAUAUUCUACAGCUGCUCACUACUGUGGAUGAAGGCAUUCAAACAAUUGUAAAGUCUCCUGAUAGAGGAAAGGAAAUGUGGAACUUGUUAUAUAAUCUCUUCUGCAAUGAACUCUGCCAGCCAGAUGAUCCACCAAUUAUUGUUCAAGAACAGAAGACUGUGUUGGCUUCUAUUUUAUCUGUGCUAUCAGCCAUCUUUGCUUCACAGACUGAACAGGAUUAUGCCAAGAUAGAAAAGAAUAUGGCUCUUAUUGACAGUGUGAUUAGAGUGUUACAAAAUAUGGAUGAAAGUGUGAAGAGAUCUGUAGAUAGCUCAAACAAAUCCCAGUCAGAAGAGUGUGAAAAGUUGGAAAUAGUUGAUGAAGAUUUCCAUUUAAAAAUCUUGAAGGACAUCUGUUGUGAAUUACUCUCCAAUAUGCUUCAGGAAUUAUCAGAGGAAAACAUAUUGGAGGGGCUCAAGCAAGGUCAUAUAAAUGAACAGAAAUGUUCUUGUGCAUUUCAGAAUCUCCUCCCAUUUUAUUCAUCUUCGGUGGAGAGUUUUCUUGAAGUGCUGCAUGGAGCGGAUCAGACUCUUGCUGACAGCUUGAGCAAAAGCUUCCCAAGUUUGAAGCACCAGACAUAAGCACGUGGGUCUACUUUGUGCAGGAAAUUGUGUAUAAUUCAUUUCUCAUUGAAGAAGGCAAUGGAUAAAGAAUUCCAAACAAACUGAGACCUAGAUGACAAUCCUUUUAAAUAGAAGUGAUAGAAAAUGGCCUGAAAAACAAACUCCCUGAAGACUGUUUAGCAUCUGCAGCUCUGCAUUUUUUAGUGCUGUGGGUAGUGUCAAAAUGCAACAUAAUUUUAUAUGUUAAUAGCUAUUGAGGUCGUAAAUUUCAACAAAAAAUGAACAAUGCUUCAUCUAGUCUUAAAAGUUGUUCUUUUCCCCCUAUUAAAAUUAAAAUUAGUUAAGAUUUUUACAGAAAAUAUUGCUGUGGUUUGUUUCUCUUAUGGAGUUAAAAAAAGAUGAUUCAGAACAUUGUACCAAGAUAAACCUUAACAUUGUAGUAACAUCCAAAAUUGGACAUUUUUGUAACUAAUAAAUAAGUAUUCUAACCUA